UAACAUUACAGUUCCGGUUCCACCUCGCAACCGCAUCUUAGCUACAACGACGGCGGGAAGUUGCUAUCAUCAAUUUAACCACCGAACAGCGACAACUAAACGGAAGAAAUUGUAAAAGAUCGACAUUUCACUACUUUAUAUUGAUGGAUCUGUAAUCGGAAAUACGCUAACUGUUCUCUAAGCUUAGCGGCGUGGGAUUCAGCCAACAUGGCUAACGUCGGCAACCAGCUACCAACACAGGCCGUUAGCAAGCCUGCACCAGGAAAACAUGGAAAUGUAUUGCCCCUGUGGGGCAACGAAAAGACUAUGAACCUCAACCCAAUGAUUCUUACAAAUGUGCUGUCUUCGCCGUAUUUUAAAGUUCAGCUUUAUGAACUAAAGACCUAUCAUGAAGUUGUGGACGAAAUCUACUUCAAGGUGACUCACGCAGAGCCUUGGGAAAAGGGAAGCAGAAAGACCGCAGGCCAGACAGGAAUGUGCGGAGGGGUGCGUGGAGUUGGGACUGGUGGUAUUGUGUCCACUGCUUUCUGUCUUCUAUACAAACUGUUCACUCUCAAGCUGACUCGCAAACAGCUGAUGGGUCUGAUCACUCACACAGACUCUCCAUACAUCAGAGCACUUGGCUUCAUGUACAUAAGAUAUACUCAGCCCCCAGCCGAUUUGAUAGAUUGGUACGACGGCUUCCUGGAUGAUGAGGAGGAGCUCGACGUGAAGGCAGGAGGGGGCUGUGUGAUGACCAUCGGAGAGAUGCUGCGUUCCUUCUUGACCAAACUGGAGUGGUUCUCCACUCUGUUCCCCCGUAUCCCAGUGCCUGUGCAGAAGAUCAUUGACCAGCAGAUGAAGGCUAGGCCUCGUAAGGUUGCUCUGAAGGAGACGCAGGAGGAGGAGGUUGCAGUGGCAGAGGCAGGGAGGCAAGGGGACCGACGCCGCUCCAGGACACCCAGGCGGACACCGAGCCCCCGAAGGUCGCCUAAACGGUCAAGGAGCAGGAGCCACCACCGUGAGAAAGAACGCCACGGCCCCAGUUUUGACCGAGAGCUGGAGAGGGAGCGUGACCGCCAGAGGAAGGAGAGGGAGGGCAGGGACCGCGACCGAGAUAGGGACAGAGGGGACCGAGGGGACAGGGAGAGACGGCGGUCGCGCAGUGUAGACAGGAACCAAGACCGACGAGAACGUAGGAGAAGUCGCAGCGGAAGCCGGGACCGAAGGAACGAACGCAGAGACAAAGAAAGAGACGGCGGCGAUGACAGGAGCAGGAGGAAGGACAGGGAACACCAUAAAGAUAGAGGCGCUGAGAGGGAGAGGUCCAAGGAUAAAAAGAGCAGAGGCGAGACCGAUGACAGGAGGCAUAAAGACGACAGGGACAGGCACCGAGAUGAGAGGAAGGCCAAAAGGUCGAGCCGGAGUCGAAGCAGGGAGAGGAAGCACAAAAGCGGGGGAGAGGAGAAGAGCAGGAAAAGAGAGCGCAGCCACAGCAGAGAGAGAGACAGGGACAGAGACGGAGAACAGCGUUCUCACAAACGUAGCGGUAGCAAAGAGAGGAGCCAUCAUCAGCGAGAGUCCAGUAAUGACCAUAGUAGACACAGUGAACGCAGAAGGAGUCAGAGCACUGAGUAAAUGUCGCCUCCCAGCAAUAUUACUUCUUUUACUCCUGUGUUUUCCUUUUUUUUUUUUUUUACACAGUUGUCGGCUCUGUCACGUGUGCUAAAGAGAAGGAAUGUGAGCACAUUGGACAUCUGGAGUUGUUGUCUUUGGCCAUUGUAAUGUUGCUUUCCAUUUUAUGUUUUUCUGCCUUUUUCACUUCCCCCAUUAGACAAUUGUUAGUCUUCACUUGAAAUUUGAAAAGUGGAAAAAAAUGGCAUUUUAAUUUUCUAUGGUGCGUUCGUCCUCUCCCUCCAGCAAGACGUGGGUUUGUACGUGCAGCUCUGGAGGCUGUCUACACACGAUGAAUGGUCCGAGAUGCUUUACUUGCUGAGUCGGUGCCGAAAGCUUGGCUCAACAUUGUCAUCUUAUAAUUUAUGUAAUUUAUAAAGAAUAAUAGUUAUUUUCAGGCAGCACAAAAGCCAAAACAUGCAUUUUAAAAUUCGACUAAUAUUACAUAUUACGUAUAUGUCUGGCAGUUUUUCAUGUUUAAGCUUCUUGGUGUGCUGCGUUCAGCAGCAGCGAUGUGGAUCAUCAGUGGCUCAGCACAAAGCAGCUCUCUCCAUGGUCGUGCGUAGACAGCCUGAGAAUGUUUUCAUCCUCUCAAGGGCCGUCUGCAAAGGGUAAUUUUUUACCGCACACACUGAGCCCUGCCUGUGCUGUGUUUGAAUUAUUGCUCUGUUGCAUUUUGUUUUCUAAUAAAACACUUUUACAAACAGUA